GGCGGUAUAAGUAUACAGUGUUUACCUCAGGAAGACUUACUUACAAUUGACUACUUAUUGUCAGUGUUUUACAAUGCCAGAUAAUUACGAAGAUGAAUCUUUCAAUGAACAAAGGGCAGUGGUGCCCAGAUUGUGUCCUUAUUUGGAUACAAUAAACAGGCAAUUUCUCGACUUUGAUUUUGAAAAGUUAUGCUCAGUCUCGCUUUCGAGGAUAAAUGUGUAUGCGUGCCUUGUAUGUGGCAAAUACUUUCAGGGCAGAGGAAACAAUACACAUGCUUACACUCACAGUGUAGCGGAAUAUCACCAUGUUUUUUUGAAUCUUCACUCUCUUAAGUUUUACUGCUUACCGGAUAACUACGAGAUAAUAGAUUCAUCGCUCGAUGACAUUAAAUAUGUUCUUAACCCAACCUUUGAUAAACAUCAAAUUGCUCUACUGGAUAGCAAUGAUAAGCUUUCCAGAGCUAUUGAUGGCUCCAUGUACUCUCCAGGGAUCAUUGGCAUGAACAAUAUUAAAGCCAAUGAUUAUUGCAAUGUAAUUUUGCAGGCGCUGUCUCAUGUCACACCGCUGCGUGACUACUUUUUGAGGGAAUCAAACUAUUCAAAGGUUAAGAGGCCACCAGGAGAUUCAUCGUACCAACUUAUUCAAAGGUUUGGAGAACUUAUGAGAAAAUUAUGGAAUCCACGUAAUUUUAAAGUACAUGUAAGCCCUCAUGAAAUGUUACAGGCGGUAGUUUUGUGGAGUAAAAAGAAAUUUCAAUUCACCGAGCAAGGUGAUCCUGUGGAUUUCCUCUCGUGGUUCCUGAAUGCUCUACACUUAGCAUUAAACGGCACGAAAAAGAAAGAUUCUAGUAUAAUAUACAAGACAUUUUUGGGGCAAAUGAGAAUUUAUACACGUAAAAUACCACCACUUGAAUUAGAAGAAAGCCAACGAAGUGAACUUUUGAAUACAGUUGAAUAUGGUGAAACUGUGACAGAGAGUCCAUUUUUGUACCUGACUUGUGAUUUGCCACCUCCACCUCUUUUUAAAGAUCAGCAUGCAGAGAACAUUAUUCCACAAGUCAAUUUGUACACACUUCUAAACAAGUUCAAUGCAAUUUCUGAAAAGGAAUACAAGACAUACAAGGAAAACUUCAUGAAGAGAUUUGAAAUCAGAGAACUUCCACCGUUCCUGAUUCUCUAUAUCAAGCGAUUUACCAAGAAUACUUUUUUUGUGGAAAAGAAUCCUACAAUUGUCAACUUUCCUGUAAAAAAUGUUGAUUUUGGAGAUAUCCUCACACCAGAGGUAAAGGCAAUGCACCCUCAUACAAAUUACGAACUCGUGGCCAAUAUUGUUCACGAUGGUGAACCUAGUCACGGUACUUACAAAGUGCACAUAUUGCACAAGGCUACUGGACAGUGGUACGAGAUGCAAGAUUUGCAUGUCACACAAAUCUUGCCACAGAUGAUCACAUUGACUGAAGCAUAUAUUCAGAUCUAUGAAUUGAAGAAAGACGAUAUAAAACCAACAAAUGGAAAAACAUGAUCGUGACUUAAAAAUGUUAUACCCUGUACAUACAAGUUUUAUAAAAUUAUAAAUAAUUGAUUAAAUAAUUGUAAAUUUUGAAAAAAUUUGACUUGUAAAUGUAUCAUAGAUGACGGAAGUCUAUAGACCGAUUGAUGACAGAUGUUAAGCAAGUUUGGCCACACUUAAUAAGUGAAUGGGUGGCCACAGUAUAUGCAUUAAAUAUUCAUACCAUAUUAGUAUAAA